GUGUCGACGACGAUGCAGGAGAACGCGCAUCGCCCAUUUGACGUCCGUCAGCCACCGCUGGAAACAUCUGGUGGCUACGACCAGCGGCACAGUACGAUGCAGUUGCAGCCGAUACCCCCCACCAGCGACGGUGUCGUAAAUGCUUCGUUCGAGGACGUACCGGAAGGCAAGCCACCCGAAACCGGGGUUGUGGUGGGGUCUGGAACGGAAAAAUCCGCAGCGCAUGGUCUGCAAACCGAGCGACCCACAACCUACCUUGAAACCACCAUGCACAUCUUCAAGGGCAAUGUCGGACCAGGACUGUACGCGAUGGGUGAUGCGUUUCGCAAUGGCGGGCUACUGCUCAGUCCCAUCCUCACCCUGUUUCUUGGCGUGAUCUCGGUGCACAGUGAGCACAUACUGCUCAACUGCUCCGGUCGGAUGCAGCGCAAGUUAGGGCUCUCCGUGAUGCCCGACUUUGCUGAAACAGUGGGCCUCUGUUUCGCCCACGGUCACCACCGGCUGCGGCGUUGGUCCGGGACGAUGCAUCGGGCUGUGAACGUGUUCAUCUGUCUGACGCAGCUCGGUCUGUGCUGUGUUUACUUCGUGUUCAUCAGUUCCAACAUAAAGCAAUUGUACGACUACUACGGUGUGGUGUUUGACGUGCACUGGCACAUGCUGAUCAUUUUACUGCCGAUGGCGCUACCGGCGUUGAUAACCAAUCUCAAGUACCUGGCGUGGUUCAUGACGGUCGGCAACACGUGCAUGGUGCUUGGUAUCGGCAUCACCUACUACUACACGGUGCAAGAUCUGCCGCCCGUCACCGCGAGUACCCGAGCGUGGGUGGGCAGCUGGCGUACACUACCGCUCUACUUCGGCACCGCUAUCUUCGCCUUCGAAGGCAUUGCGUUGGUGUUGCCAUUGAAGAGUGCGAUGCGCAAUCCCGCCAACUUUUCGCGUUCAUUCGGGGUGCUGAAUGUGGGAAUGACCGUGGUGACACUGCUGUUCGCCACCACCGGCUUCCUGGGCUACCUCAAGUGGGGCGACACGGUCAAGGGUAGCCUCACGCUCAACCUUCCGGACGGUGAGCUGUUGGCCCAGAGUGUCAAGCUUAUGAUCUCCAUCGGCGUCCUGCUAGGGUACUCGCUCCAGUUCUUUGUAGCUAUCCAGAUAAUGCUGCCCGCCGUACGACGACGGUUUGAUCCGCUGCACCGGCAUCCAAUGCGCGUGGAGCUCACCUUCCGUAUGCUGAUGGUGCUGUUAACAUUUCUGAUCGCGGAAACUGUACCUAACCUAGGGGCCUUCAUCUCGCUGAUUGGAGCCUUGUGCUCCACAGCGCUUGCCCUGAUUUGGCCGCCCGUCAUCGAGAUGACACUGCUGGCGGCUACUUCACCCGGCGAGAAGUCACAGCUUACCUGGACGCUGUGUGCCAAAAACGGGUUGAUUCUUCUGAUCGCUAGUGUCGGCGUUGUAACAGGCACGUACGAGAGUCUGCUGGCACUGGCUAGAAGCUUUUGA